CACCAACCUCCAUUGCUAGUAGAUCGCCGCCAUGGCCGUGCACGCCCGGCUGCUGCUCGUCUCCGCCCUAGUAAUAACAUUCCUAGUAUUACUGCACGCGGCGACGGCUGCGGCAGCCGCGACGAGCUGCGCGCCGAGGGCGUGCGGCAACCUGACCAUCGCCUACCCGUUUUGGCUCCCGGACCACACUACCAGAAACCUUUCUGGCCAGCCCUCGAGCUCGAGCUCCUCCCCGCCGGCGCCGUGCGGCCCGGCGGCGUUCCAGGUCGACUGCCGCGGCGGCGUGGCCUCGCUGGCGCGCUCGUUCCGCGGCGCGUACAAGAUCCUCCGCGUCUCCUACGAGAACCGCACCGUCGUGGUCGCCAACGACAACAUCCAGACCGACGCCGCCGGCUGCCCCGUGCCGCGCAUCGACGUCUCCGCCAGCCUAAGCCUCGCGCCCUUCACGGCCAGCGCCGCCAACGCCCAGCUCGUCUUCCUCUUCAACUGCACCGCGCCGCCGCUGCCCGGGUUCGCCAACGUGACGUGCCCGGGCGAGCCGGCCGUGGUGCGGCUCGACCCAAGGUACAACACCUCCGACGCCAGGGUGGUCGCCGGGGACUGCGAAUACUCGGUCGUGCCGGUGGUGGGGUUCCCCGGCGCGAGCGGGGGGGACUACCCGCGGCUGCUGAGGGGCGGGUACAUGCUGGAGUGGCGGGCGUCGACCGGCGACUGCGCGGCGUGCAAUACCAGCGGCGGACGGUGCGGGUACGACGCCGACGCCGACGCGUUCGCCUGCAUUUGCUCCGACGGGUCGUCACGUCCGGCAAGAUGCGAUGCAAAGAAGUCCGGCAAGAAGGUCAUUCUGAUAGUAUCUCUAUCGAUCACAUUCGGCCUGCUGUUGGCACUCCUCACCAUCAUCCUCAAGUUCCGUCGACGAAUUAUUCACGGUUUCAGUUUACCCAGCAUCAUGGACAGAAGCGGUAGAAACGACACUGCAAACGUCGAAAAACUUCUGCAAAAGUACGGCGCCCUCGCGCCCAAGAGGUACAAGUACUCGGAGCUCAAGAAAAUAACCGAGUCGUUCAAGCACAAGCUCGGCGAGGGCGGCUACGGUGCGGUGUUCCGCGGCGUCCUGAACGCCUCCGGCGGCGGCGGCAACCGCGCCCGCGAGGUCGCCGUCAAGGUGCUGCACCACUCCCGGCCUAACGGCGAGGAGUUCCUGAACGAGGUGAUCAGCAUCGGCCGCACGUCCCACGUCAACAUCGUCACCCUCCUCGGGUUCUGCCUCGAGGGCUCCAGGCGCGCGCUGGUCUACGAGUACAUGCCCAACGGCUCGCUGGAGAAGUAUAUCUACGCCGCCGCCGACCAGGCGGAGACGGCGGCGCUGGGGUGGGAGGCGCUGCAGGAGAUCGCCGGCGGCAUCGCGCGGGGGCUUGAGUACCUCCACGAGGGGUGCAACACGCGGAUCAUCCACUUCGACAUCAAGCCCCAGAACGUGCUCCUGGACGCGGAGCUCCGGCCCAAGAUCGCCGACUUCGGGAUGGCGAAGCUGUGCAACCCCAAGGAGAGCAUCCUGUCCAUGGCGGACGCGAGGGGCACGGUCGGGUUCAUCGCGCCGGAGGUCUUCUCCCGGGGGUUCGGGGUGAUCUCGGCCAAGUCCGACGUGUACAGCUACGGGAUGCUGCUGCUGGAGAUGGUCGCCGGGAGGAGCAACGUGAAGGCCUACGCCGAGAAGUCGAGCGGUGACCUCUUCUUCCCGCUCUGGGUCUACGACCACCUGCUAGAGGACGGCGGCGUGCUGCGGGACGGCGGCGCCGGAGCGGGGUCGGGAGCUGCCGGUGAGGAGAUCGCGAGGAAGAUGGCGCUGAUCGGGCUCUGGUGCAUCCAGACCGUGCCGGCGAGCAGGCCGUCGAUGAGCAGGGUGCUGGAGAUGCUGGAGAGGAGCGUCGACGAGCUGGCCAUGCCGCCGCGGCCGUACCACGCUUCCCCGUCGAACUCACCGUCGCCGUCGCACCCGUCGAGCUACCCGUCCUCUACCUCGGACUUCACCUUACGUAGUUCAAGAUUGCGUACACCGGAGAGCACGGCGUAACCAGAGGAUUGGAGUAGCAGAGGCCUAGUUGUUAGAUAUACUUUUUUUCUGACACGUAGAUAAUACUUGGAGAAAAGGAAGGAAGGAAUCAAAGAUCGGUUGGCGACACAUUCUUGCGUGCAGUUUGGGUAGAUAAGCAAAUACGAGCAUGGACAUUAUGUAACUGGCUAACUGCAAUAUAAUGUGUAGUCCAAUGAUCUACAUAGGUUUAGAUACUGUAUAAUCAACAUUAGGUUCGUUACUGCAGCAAGCAAGCAACAAAGAAGGAAAGUGAUCAUUGGGUGAGAA